AUGGAACUUGAUUUCUUCGGUUAUCUACCAUCAGAACUCACCACCAACAUCCUCUCACGCCUCUCCAUCCGCAGCCUCGCAAUUAGCAAGUCUGUCUAUAAACCAUGGCUCAAUCUGAUCGAUUCCGACAAUUUCCACACAUCCGAAAUCAAAACCCCAGCCGCCCUAGGUUUCCUGACGCCGAAGGAGAGGAACUCCACUCAGUGCACGAUUUUUGAAAUUGAAGACGAAGACGAAGUCGAAGAUGCGGAGAAGAGCCACGAUCUUCACUACAUUCCGCUCACGGAUUUGGAGAUCCGUCACGGAAACAGAGCAUUUAUCGACGCUAUCACUGCUAGCGGAUUGAUUCUCCUCUACUCACCGUUUCCAAAAGGUAUUCACGUUCACAUAUGCAAUCUGAUGACUCGUGAAUAUACCAAGCUCUAUUGCCCCGAGGCCUACGCCCCGAGCAAUUUGUUGAAAUUCGGAUUCGAUGUGAGCGAAAUAAGUGGGCAAUAUAAGGUGGUCUACCGAAAUGCGGACACCGAGUCUCAAUAUGUGUACACCCUCGGAACAGGAACAUGGAGGCGCGUUGAGGCCCGCGCUGUUUCUGGUUUCCGAUUUUUUAGUCCAAGCAUCGUGAUAAGAGUUCCAUAG